AUGUCCAGUUUUCGAUUGUUACCGUUCUUUUUUGCGAUCGUGUCUAUGGGAUGGAGCCCAUCCAUGGCCCAAGAUGCUACAGCCGAGAGUGGAGCGGUCAGCGGCACCGUGCGGCUUCCACGUGGUCUAAUUAAGCGGAAAUUGUGCUACAAAUAUGGAAUUUGCGAAGGUGGAGGUUACCAGGGUGGUUUCCAGGGUGGUCACCAAGGGUUCCAAGGAGGAUAUGGACAACAGGGUUAUCCUGGACAAGUUCCUCCAAUAAAUAUAGCAAUUAGUCAAUCCCAGUCUUCGGCUAAUGAAGCAGGCGGCGGAUAUAGUAAUGGAUAUUAUCCCAAUAACUAUCAAUAUAAUUACCCUAAUCAUGGUUUCCCGUACAGGGGAGGAUAUGGUGGCUACCAGAAGCCUGGUUACUUCAACAAUGGUCAGGGCGCAUACAACAGUCAGUUUAACGGAAACUUCUACAGCCCUGGUGGAAACGGAGGUGGAUAUGGUUUCCAAGGACCAUCGGGACCAUUCUUUGAUGAAACUCCUGAUGAGGAAGGAAACGACCAUGAACGCGAUGAGAAUAAUAAUGGUUACAAUCAAGGACAACUAAACAAUGGUGCCAGAAACUUGGCAAUUGCAGGAAGUUACGCAGCAGCGGGCGGAAGAAACGAAUAAUAUUUAGUAGUCUAUAAAUAUAGCAGAAUAAUAUAAAUGUGAUAUUUGUCCACAUUGCUUAAACUCAGUGAU